GUCACGAGGGCGCGCGUUCUGUGUCACUAACCUGCGACGCCGGGUUUCCAUAGUAACGGGUCGCUUUGGUGGAGGGAGGGGGGAAAGCCCCCCCAGGGAGCAACAUGAAAGGGAAGGCGAAAGGCAAAGCCGCGAAGGGAGGGAGAGCGAAAACGGGUGGCGGUGCGGGCCGAGGCAACAAGGCGGACUCGAAGGCCCUGAAGGAGGAGACCGAGGCUGAGCGGGCUAAAGCUGCCGCGGCGCUAUGGGAGGCCAGGCUGGAGGUGACCGAAAUAUCCCGCAAAGAGUACCGCGAGGCCGCCCGUCGCCUCGCCCGGAACAACGAGGAGCUGGAGCGGCAGCAGCGGCGGCUGGAGAAGGACUCGGUGGAAGUGAUCAGCCUCCUCAAGAAGCAGGACCUGGAGAAGGAAGAGCUGAUUGAGAAGCUGAAGCAGCAAGUGAAUGAAUUGAAGCAACAAGCCAAAGCAGAGAGUGAAAAAGUGGCAGAACAAUUUAUGAAACAGCUGGAGGAGAUGGAGGCAAAAUUUCAGAAUAAGGCCAAAGAAAUUGGCAUAAUUCAAAUUGAACUGAAAAUGAUAAAGGAGUUUCGCAAAAAGAAAGCCUUUAUGGAGAAAGAACUUGAAGAUAUAAAAGAAAACAUGGAGACCACAAAAAAAGAACAUCAAGAAACAAUAUGCAUGUUGGAGAGAAAGUUCCUUGAGGAAAAGCAACGACUGGAACGAGAAGCAGAGAAGAAGAUAGUGAUGCUGGCAGAAAGGGCCCACCAUGAAGCCAUUCUGCAGUUGGAUAACACUGGAAGAUCAGUUUUUACAGAGAAUGUUCGACUUCAUGAAGCUCUUGGAUAUCACAUGAAAGAAAUAGAAGAGUUACAAAAAUUAAAGCAAAAACUGGAGGAGGACAAUGCUUUUCUCUCUCAAGAGAAGGAAACCAAUGAAAUAUUGGUUCGGGAAAAGAUCCUGCAAAUUACUCGGCAGAAAACGUUAAUCCAAGAGCUGCAAGACAGAGUGAGGAAACUGGAAGAUGCGCUUAAUCUCUUGGCCAGAGAAUUUAAAACAGAAAUCCAAAGUACCCAAAAAAGGGCUUUGGUGCAGAACCAGGCAGGUCAGAUAGAAAUUGAGAAGCUGCAGCAGGUGCUGGAGAUGAAAGACAGAGAGAUGAGCAGGGUUAAGAAACUGGCCAGAAAUAUCUUGGAUGAAAGGACUGAGGUGGAGAAGUUUUUCUUAGAUGCUCUCGAGCAGGUGAAAGAGGAGAUCAUGACCAGUAGGAAGUGCUACAAGCAAGUGGCUCAGGCUGCCUAUCAGAGGAAAAUGAUGUCGGCAUUUGCAGGGAAAGAGGAAUACCCCCAAAUCAGAACUUUUAAUGACAACAUGCACAGCACAAAUAGUGUACAAAAGGACCUUGAAGAAGCUGAGAAAUGGACAAAUAUUAAGAAGGGGAAAGUGGACAUUUCUGAAUUGACCUGGGAGCAGAAGGAGAGUGUGCUGAGGUUACUCUUUGCAAAGAUGAAUGGCUUGAGUCACCGGAAAUACAGUAAAGCGUUGGUUCCUUUAACUCCAGCCUCGUACAAUUUUGCUGAAACAACGAAAACUGGCACUGAUGAGACUACUCCCACUUUAACCUUCAUUACUCAGCAGGCACCUGUAUCAGAGCCACCUUGCUCAAAAACAGUAUUUCCAGAUAUUCACAUUAUACCACCACAGCCAGACUAAGAGGACUGCUGUUCAAGAAACAACAGAAGUCAUGAAAGCUUGUUUUCUACCCUUUUUCCUGGAUCUCAGGGCUAUAAAGCAUAUAAUUCUGCAGCUAUGAAACUGCAUCCUUGUUUUCUAUGCAUUACAACAUUUUACUUCCAAUUGCUCUUUCAAAUCAACUUGGAGAAUAACUGAAUUCAUUUGAUGGGGAGAAAGAUUUCAUUAAAUCAGCUUUCUUUCAAGAUGGAAGCCUAUUCCUUGGCUAUGUAAUUACUUCAGUGUUUUAUUUCAAAGAGUUUGUAUUGGAGCACUUUCUGGAAUUAAAAAAAUCAGUAAAGUA